AUGGCGGCCGACUCCGCCGAGAAGGCGCGGGCGCUGGAGCAGUGCGAGAGGGAUCUGGACCUGGCGAUCGAGCGCCUGGUCAACCUGCGGCUGGACCCCGAGCACGACGCCGUCGAAGGCGCCGCUUCUGACAUCAACGGCGACGUCGUCCGUCACGCCCCCGCCGCCGCCGCCGCCGCAGUCCCUGUCCCGUCAGGCGGCGGCAUCAUCAGCCGCGCGGAAUGGGUCGAGAGGCUCAUGGCAGAGAUGUCGAGCGCCGCGGACGCGGGCGACGCCAGGGCCCGCGCCGCGAGGUUCCUGGAGGACUUCGGCGCCGCCGCCGCCCCCCCUUCCCGCGGGGAGCGGUACACGGCCCUGCGGGAGAACGCCAUCCUGAAGAAGGCCGUGCGCCUGCAGCUCCGGCUGGACAGGGAGAAGGAGGCGGCGAACCGGGAGCUCCAGCGCCAGCUCGCCGGGUUCCAGGAGCGCGUGAGGAGCCUGGAGGCGGACAAGUACGCGCUGACCAUGCACCUCAGGCGCGCGCGGCCGCAGGAGGGCUCCAUGAGCGGGCGGUUCCACCCGGAGGUUUUCUGA